AUGCCUCCAGUGAAAACCGAUGGCGAUAGUGACGGGGAUGGUGAUUUGUCUGGAGCGGAGUCCGAGCAUUCCGGAUCCAGCCAAGGGCAGGAUCAUGAUUCCAGUGCGGAGGAAGCGGACGAACCAGAUUCGGACGAUUCCUCAGAAAUGUCCGAAGGGGAAUGUGAACGAAGGCGUACCAGUUGCCAGGAUAAUCUAACGAGCCUGGAAAAACAAUUCGGCAUCCUAAAGGAACAACUGUACAAGGAACGCAUGGUGCAGGUUGACCAUAAGCUGCAGCAAAUCCGGGGUGGCCGGUUGCAGGAUUACGUUAUACCGUUGCAGCAACUGCAACACAACAUGGACAGUCGGAAGGAGGUUGCUGAGGUGAUGAAAAAAUAUCGUGUCAAUAACAUUAAGAACAAGUUCGAAUCGGAACUGCAAGCAUGCUAUCAACAUUUUGAGAGUGAACAAAAUCUCGCCAAUGAUGGCAUUUGCGAUGAGCUGAUGGAGAAGGUGCGCCGAUUGGAGGAGGAUCGCCACAAUGUGGACAUAUCGUGGGCCGAUUGGGGCACCAACACGCGAACGGCAAAGGUCCGGGGCCCGGGGCGCAAGAAGGCUGUAACUGUGUCUGGGCCGUACAUCGUGUACAUGUUGCGCGAGGAGGAAAUUCUCGAGGACUGGACUUCGAUUCGGAAAGCGCUGAAACGUUCGACCGCUGCCGCUACCUGA